GCGGGGCAUGAAGUUGGGCGCGUGCGGGUCUUGGAGCGGAGGCGCGGCACAGCUGGGAGCCGCCCGCGUCUAGAGCCCGCUCGGUGCGCCAUGGAGCUCAGGGGGCCCCGGGCGCCGCAGGCGCCGCUGCUACUGCCGCUGCUGUUGCUCUUAGGGGUCGGCCUCUUGCCUGCUAGCAGCCACAUCGAGACCCGGGCCCAUGCGGAGGAGCGGCUCCUGAAGAGACUCUUCUCUGGCUACAACAAGUGGUCUCGGCCAGUAGCCAACAUCUCAGACGUGGUCCUUGUCCGCUUCGGCCUGUCCAUUGCUCAGCUCAUUGAUGUGGAUGAGAAGAACCAGAUGAUGACGACAAACGUCUGGGUGAAGCAGGAGUGGUAUGACUACAAGUUACGCUGGGACCCCAGUGACUACGAGAAUGUUACCUCCAUCCGCAUCCCCUCCGAGCUCAUCUGGAGGCCUGACAUCGUACUCUACAACAAUGCGGAUGGGGACUUUGCAGUCACCCACCUGACCAAAGCCCACCUGUUCUAUGAUGGGCGGGUACAGUGGACACCUCCGGCCAUCUAUAAGAGCUCCUGCAGCAUCGAUGUCACCUUCUUCCCCUUCGACCAGCAGAACUGUACCAUGAAGUUUGGGUCCUGGACCUAUGACAAGGCCAAGAUUGACUUGGUGAGCAUGCAUAGCCGCGUGGACCAGCUGGACUUCUGGGAAAGUGGGGAGUGGGUCAUUGUGGAUGCCGUGGGCACCUACAACACCAGGAAGUAUGAAUGCUGCGCCGAGAUCUACCCUGACAUCACCUACGCCUUCAUCAUCCGCCGGCUGCCGCUCUUCUACACCAUCAACCUCAUCAUCCCGUGCCUGCUCAUCUCCUGCCUCACCGUGCUGGUCUUCUACCUGCCCUCCGAGUGUGGCGAGAAGGUCACGCUGUGCAUCUCGGUGCUGCUGUCCCUCACCGUCUUCCUCCUGCUCAUCACCGAGAUCAUCCCGUCCACCUCGCUGGUCAUCCCGCUCAUCGGCGAGUAUUUGCUCUUCACGAUGAUCUUCGUCACCCUCUCCAUUGUCAUCACCGUCUUCGUGCUCAACGUACACCACCGCUCACCGCGCACGCAUACCAUGCCUGCCUGGGUGCGCAGGGUCUUCCUGGACAUCGUGCCGCGCCUCCUCUUCAUGAAGCGCCCGUCUGUGGUCAAAGACAACUGCCGGAGACUUAUCGAGUCCAUGCACAAGAUGGCCAAUGCCCCUCGUUUCUGGCCAGAGCCGGAGGGUGAGCCCGGCAUCUUGAGUGACGUUCGAAACCGAGGUCUGUCAUCCACCCCAUCUUUCUGCAACCCUCUGACCACGCCAGUGGAGGCCCAGCCUACAUGCAAGUCACCCUCUCACAAGGCCCCUGAUUUGCAGCCAACAGAGGUGAAGAAGACCAGUCCCUGUCCAUCACCUGGCUCCUGCCAUGCACCCAACAGCACCAGGGUCCCGACGCUUGUCAAAGCCAGGUCCCUGAGCGUCCAGCACGUGCCCAGUUCCCAGGAAACAUCAGAGGGUGGCAUCCGCUGCCGAUCUCGGAGUAUCCAGUACUGUGUUUCUCGAGAUGGAGCUGUCUCCCUGGCUGACAGCCAGCCAACUGCCUCCCCUGCCUCCCUGAAGGCCCAUCCAUCCCAGCUUCCACUGUCCGACCAGGCCUCUCCAUGCAAAUGCACAUGCAAGGAACCAUCUCCCGUGUCUCCAGUCACUGUGCUCAAGGCCCGAGGCACCAAACCACGCCCCCAGCACCUCCCUCUGUCACCAGCCCUGACACGGGCAGUAGAGGGUGUCCAGUACAUUGCAGACCACCUCAAGGCAGAAGACACAGACUUCUCGGUGAAGGAGGACUGGAAGUACGUAGCCAUGGUCAUCGAUCGAAUCUUCCUCUGGAUGUUCAUCAUCGUCUGCCUACUGGGCACUGUGGGCCUCUUCCUGCCCCCCUGGCUAGCUGGUAUGAUCUAGAGACACAGUAAUGGACAGGCCCGCUUGGCCCAGCUCCCUGGUCUUUGUAGGGCCAUGCCAGUUGUCAGUUACCCCAUCUUCCAAACCUGCCAUGAAAACCUGGGAAAGAGAUGCUGUUUCUCGGGAGCCAGAAGCUGGCACUGGUUCUAAUCCAGCCACGGGCCUGGUUAGAGCAACUAAGGGCUGAUACAGGGCAGAGUUACAGUCUGAGUCCCCAUUAAAAUUGCUCCAGAGCAGGUGAGAAUCACCUCCUGGCCUGCAGGCAGCACACACUCAUCUGUGUCUCAGAGACUGGUCCAGUGCUGGUCUCAGUCGUCCUGUGGGGCCACACAAAUUCAUUCCUCAUCAGCAACCAGGAAACUCCCACUGUGCCCCUGCUGACCACAUCCUCUCCCUGCCCCAUAAUGUGCCCCCAUCAUUCCUUCCGACUGGGCUGCUCUCUGUCACACAGGUGUCAGAGCUGAGCCCAGGCAAGUUCGGUUUCGUUUAAAUUGGGGUGAAUUGGUAAGAAGCUGAGCUCUGUGCCGUGUGGAUGGCCCCCACUCACAGAAGAACUAGUGUAGCAAGACUGAAGCCCCAUGGGAGCCCUGCAUUCAGCUUAGGGUCACAAGGGUUCUAUAGUGAGUGCCUCCUAGGGACUUGCAACCCCAAUAGGGCAGCAUUGGGAGUCUCAGGGUUGCGAGGGAGCCAGAUCAUGUCCAGGUCCUGGGCUGUAGGUCCCCUCAUGGAUCUUUGUUGAUGCCCCUGCAUGUUUCUUCCUCUCUGGGAUAAAAGAUUAAAGAUAGAACUUCUCAUCCUGGUCCUGUGGUGAGGGCACAGCUCCCUUGAGCACAUCUUGUACGAGAGACCUAGGACUCUCAAGGCAAGCAGGAACAAUGGGAAGCCCCUUCCAUGUUAUGGAAUAGGGCGAGCUGCCAAGAGGGUUCUAAGCAAACCAGGCGCUCUGACCCAUCGUCUUGAGGGCCAUAUGCCAAGGGUUAUGGGUGCCUCACCCAGUCUGCCUUGCACUUAGGUUGUGGGGCUCCUCCUCCCAUUCCCAACACAGCACCAGGCAACCUGGAAAAUCCCCAGGGAGGGGCUGGGAGAAGCACCUGCUGUGCCCCCACCAUGAAAUUCCACUGGGUGAAGGACAGAGUGUGGGAGACACCCAAGAAAUCAUCCUGUGCUGUGGUCACUGUCCUGCUGUCCCCAACAGCCGAGUGGCCUCUGCAGAGCUAGGCCCUGCACCCUCAGCCAGCUUGUCCUAGGCCCUGAAGCUGGAUUGUAUGGACAGUUCUGAGGACUGAAGAAAUGAAAGAACUUAAUGAAGUCUGGAACCAACACAGCAAGCUCCCAGGUGCUGCUGGGAAAGGAACCCUGAGUUGAAGGCUUCAGGACACUCGUGUGUACAGGAAGGGCGUACAGAGGCCUGGGUUCUGAACUCUGGAUGUUCUAGGCCUCCCCUAGAGCCCUGCGGAAUCAAGGACCCCAUCUGCUGUGUUUCAGUCUGUCCUCGCUCUGCUGACUGCUGGGUUGCCUAGCCCCCACACUGGAGCCCUCAGGGUGUUGCAAGAUAACCCUGGUGGGGAAAUUUGUUCCAGAACCUGGGAGCCAAGGGGAACACAAACCUCAGUGAGGAAGACAGCAGACACACCUGUCGGAUAUGAGUUCCACCAGCAUGCUGCAUACAUGGCUCCAACCUCAAGAUUUGCAGGCAGCAGUAGCGAUCAGGGCAAGGCCACAGCGGCAGACUGUACAGAGAGGGCUGCUGUGCUGUUUCUUCUGGGUCAGAAAAAGUGAAUGGCUGGAUGCUCCUGACAGGCCGUCCCCACUGGCACCCAGAAGUCAGGAAAAUGGAAAUAAAGCACUGUGUUCUCCCCAUG